CCUGAUGGACGCGUAGGAAACGCAGAGUAAAAAAACAUGGCUGUACGGCAGGAAGACGCGAGGAAAAAACCCUCGUCGCCGAAUGGGAAACCUUUCCCUUCGGCGACCAAGUCAGGCGACGACGACAUAGUGGAGCGGUUACGUCGGUUCAGUAGCGUCUCGCAAGAAGACUUUGAAAAAAUGCGACUGGCUGAGAAAGAGGAUGAGUUUUUUGCGAUCAGAAAAGCAACUGAUAUCACAGAACCUGACACUAAAGGCGACCCUUGUCCACCUUUGCCUAUUAAGAUCAUACAAGGCUCAUUCAGACACGUGCUGGGCGUCCGCGAGGCUUGCUCGAAAAACGGAACGUUUUUGCAACGCACGAUCGAGCUGCGGCGUAAACCAGGAGAGACGCUAGGAUUUUAUAUUCGCCAGGGUGAUGGUUGGGAACGUGAACAAGGUAUUUUUGUGUCUCGUGUUGUUUUAGGAACAGAUGUGGACGUUUUCGAGUUGUUACGAGUCGGCGACGAGAUCGUUAGGGUGAAUAAAGUGGAUGUGCGGACUAUGAGCAUACAAGAUGUGAGUGCCUUGAUGCAGAUGACUCGACGACUUAUACUCACAGUGAAAGUUCUUACGCCGGUAACUGCAAUGGCCACUAAACGUUUAGCUAUGAAUAAAGACAAUAAUAUACAGGGUUUGAAAUCCUUGAGUCCGAGAACUUCUAGAACAUCGCGAUCCGAGGGGUCUGUGGAUUCGGCUUCAAAUUCAAGCGGGCUAUCUCCCGAUCGCCGGCUCACCGGCGACAGAAGGUUAAGUAAUACAUCUAGCCUCAGUCAUCAGGCGAACUACAAGGUAGCAAAUCUAGUCAUAGGAAAGAACAAAGAUGCUAUGAAUACGGGAAAUCCACAGGCCACGGGAUCGAGCUACCGUAGCUCGCGUCGUUCAUCCAAGUCGCCAGUGGGAGGUAGGAGGGCACUGUCGCCAAUACGGGAGACUUCUGCAGAUAUAUUUAACUCUGAAGCGGAUGAUCGCAUGUCAGCUCACGAGCGGGGUCGCAGUAGCAGAGCUGCGAGUGUCGUGAGCUGGUCUGAUCAAUUUUACAGUGCAUCGGGAGCGAGUAGCCCCGUCAAACACAAGCCAAGCGACAGGAGGAGAUCUGACGCACAGAGUUCCAGACCUAAAUGACAUGUAGAAUGAUGAGGACGACGGAAAAAGCAAAACAAAUCUCUUGUUAAGAAAUUGUGGCUCGGAGCAUGGGUCAAAUUGGAAUUAAAGAUCAAGCUGAAUGGGUUUAAUCGCAACAGUUUGGUGGUUUAUUAAAAAGUCAUGGCAAGGAACUUCGUGUUUGAGAUGUGAGCUUUCUCUAGCUCGAAUGCGUUGUUUUCUGCAAGCUGGCAAAUUUGAGCACAGACCGGAUUUGAUAAACACAAACUCAUCGGAAUGCAAACUGCGGAACAAAGAUGUUUUUAUUGAAGAAGUAUCUGUUAAACAAUUUCUGCAGGAUUAAUAUUGGAAAUAUCUCUCAAAAUAGUCACACUGUAACGUGAAACUUCCUGCAAAGUAGCUAAAAUUCGCUACAAGUACAAGCUCUUCGGGUUUAAAAAGAGCCAUACCUCGACACUGUUUUCGAUGUGACAAUUCCUUUAUGCGUAACGAGAGACUUUUAAUACAUUGCAACGCCAAAACAGUUUUAUUAAGCUUAAAAUACAAUUUUGGCUAAAGCAUAAAAAAUUUUGUAGGCUUGCAAAAGCACUGCGAGUAAAUCUCCGACGAACUGCAAUUUUAGCAGAUUCUCCGGAUUUAAUGAUUCCAUUUUUCCGUAAACAUUUCAUAACAUAGAGUUAGAAGCGAAUUUCGAAAGCGACAUACGAUGAAUUGAAUUUAGGCGACCGAAAACUAUUUUUAGGUCUAGUCUAGUACGAAUUUUGAAAUAAAACUCGGCGAAAAGUCCGUAACUGCGACCUUGAUGCAAGACGAGGCCGGAAUCUUUUGAUUACACGCGCGAAACAUUUAUAAUUUCAAUUCGAUUCGAGGCAAUUCUGCAAUUAUUGAUGGCUAGAUUUAUCCAUGGUAAACAGUAGAACCCUUUAAACAUAAGAAAUAUUACUUCAAAUGUUUAUUUAGGAGCUAUUAUUUUUCUUGUUCGAAUAUGUUAAUCGUUCGCUUUGAGCGAUAAACGAGGAGGGAGACAGAGUCGAAAAAUAUGAUUGGUAAGGACUCGAAGGCAACAUUUUUAUUUUCUGUUCUGAGUCUGUACUUAAUGAUCUUGAAAAAGUGAUUGGCGACGCGUCGAUCUUGAUGCGACAAUUUUAUUCAAGUUGCUAAACAAAGCAUUGUUUGAAAGGAAGUUAGUCAGGCACUAAAGAUAGCCUUACUACACUUAAAACAAAACAACCCGCACAAAAAUACGGUCUAUUGAAUCGAAAGAAAACGACCACCAUACGAAUUCGCGAUCAGAGACAAAUUUAUCAGUAAUUCUUGUUGUAAUCGACUUUCAGGCAUACCGAGGUGUAGUUCAGAGAAUAUUUGAAAAAUAAAUUAUAAAUAAUUAAAAACUG